AGCUGCGCCAUUUCCUCUUUGUCCAUUGAAGAAAGGCAAGCGGUCGUUGCGGACGCUCCACAAGACUGAAUUGUCACUACGCUAUUGCGCAGGAAGCCUAUAAAUAUUGUUAUUGUAAUCGUCUUUUGAGACAGACUUUUAUUCUCAGCGAAGCAGACGACGCUUCGUUUGUUAAAUUAGCUCGUGGUCGCGGGUUUGAUCCAAGCUAGUGCUAACAAAGGCCAAACCGAGUCCGCCAUCGCGCUGAGCCACGAGCACAAGGAAGGCAAAAUGGAAGACACUAAAUACUUACCUGAACUCCUUGCCGAAAAGGACAGCCUGGAUUCAUCGUUCACACAUGCCAUGAAACUCAUUUCUGCAGAGAUUGAGAGAAUCCAGAAAGGAGAGACAAAGAAAGAACAAGAGAAAGAGAACUACUUGGACCUGUUUGCCACAAAGACUCUCAAACUCAAAGAACGAGUGCUCAUUCCAUCUAAGCAGUUUCCCAGGGUUAACUUUGUUGGUAAGCUUUUGGGACCUCAGGGCACCACAAUCAAGAGGCUUCAGGAGGAGACGGGUGCAAAGAUUUCAGUUUUAGGGAAAGGUUCCAUGAGGGAUAAGUCUAAGGAGGAAGAGUUGCGAAAUGGUGGUGAGCCUAAAUAUGCUCACCUUGCAAUGGAGUUGCAUGUAUUCAUUGAGGUGAUGGCACCCAUCCCAGAUGCCUACCUACGCAUGGCUCAUGCUAUGGAUGAAGUUAAGAAGUUUCUGAUCCCGGAACCUGGCGAGUAUGAUCCAUAUAUGGACCCCCACUUCCUCAAUGGAUCACAGGAUGGUUCAGGCAGAGGGCGUGGUGGGCAUCCAGGAAGAGGUCGAGGUGUGCCACCAGGGCCGAGAGGGCGCGGGAUGCCUCGCGGUGGUCCUCGUGGAGCUAUGCGUGGUGGAGCCCCACGAGGCGCAAUGGGGCGGGGUAAUGGCAGAGGUGCACCGUCUGGUAGGGGAGGACCAGUCAACGCUUCUGGUAGGGGUGCAUCUGCAUCACGCUCCAGGCCUCCUGCAGCUGGAGCACCAAGAAUGCUUCCCUCUGCUGCCCUUUCCCACCAGCAAGUUCCCCCUUCAGGGUCUCAACCCAAACCUGAGUCCUAUGAAGACUAUCCUGCUUAUGAGGAUUCAUAUGCAGAGCCAGCCUAUGAGGGGUAUGAAAAUUAUUAUAGCCAACAACCCGUGCCCGCGGAUACUGAGUAUUAUGACUAUGGACACGGAGAGCCCCAGGAAGCCGCCUAUGAGCAAUAUGCUCAAGAGGACUGGGAGAACUCAUGGGCUGGUGCCGCUGGAGGCAAGGCUGCUCCGUCCAGGCAGACGAAAGGAAACUAUAGAGAGCAUCCCUAUCCAAGAUACUGAACGGCUACUGGUAGAGAGUUGCUAUAGCAACUGUCUUCGAUUGUAACCCACUUAACGUUUCAAAAGUAAUUUCCUUCUCGUUUUCCUCACCUUUUUUAUAGUUUUUUUUUUUUUUAACUUGGUACUUGGUAUUUUGUUGGCUGUCAGUUCCAGGGGUAAAAAGGUUUUGUCUUGACCAUAUUUCCAUUUAAUAACUGUUACAAUAGAGUAGUUUGCAGUUGAGGUCCAGCGUAAAGUAAACCUAAGGCAUUCACAUUUUAAUGAUAUUUGCUGGUUAUUUUUUAAUUGUACCAUAAAAUGUUAAAUGUGGCGAGGGGAAACAAAAUGUCUAAUGACUGUAAUGGAAACAGAUUUUUUGCAAACUUAAAUUAGCCUUGUUUGAUUUAGGAACAAUAUUGUUUAUGGUGCAACACAAAUCUUUCAACUGUAGUCUUUUAUCAAGUGAUCUCAAGAUGUAUACCAGUAAAUCCAACAAAGAAAAAUGCCUGAUACGUUGCACCAUUACUUGCAAAAUAAAAGGCCAUGUGUCUGUGUGUAUUGGGAGGCUGCAGCCACCUCAAUAUUUUGUACAUAAUGUAGGACAGUGUGUUUGAAGCCGCACUAAAAUGCAUAAUUGUGUACUUCUGGCUAAAUAGGAUACUAAAUAUACCCCCAAAUGUCUUUGCAGUGCGUUUUUCAAUAAAGUUUGUAGUUUCAGUUAAAAUGAUCUAAACGUGUUAUUUUGCUUUUUGUUGUACCAAAAAAUAUUUCCGUUGGAGAAAGUGUACCAGUGUAUUUGACGCUGACGAAGCUAUGUAUACUGUUUACCUUCCCCACCCCCCAUAAAAACCAAAACAAAACUGUUUUGACAUUGAGCUUAGCCUGUAUUUUCCAAACUUUCUAAACUACACUUGUAAUGUCAUCUACAAAAAAAUAAAGCUCAUCAUUCCAUGAGGUAAUGGUCUGCCAAAUAUA